CUCAACUCUCGGGAAGUCCUAUAAUUUGGCGUAAAAAAAAUAUAAAAAACGACAAAAUUGUUUAGUAAAUGAAAAUUAAGAGUGGUCCAAUCCGAACCCAUCGCAAAUGCGCAGGAAGGCGUUGAAGCGGUGUCGCUCCCCUGGCAGGGAAAACGAUCCAUCACAGCUCGGAAGGCACGAACGGCAGGACAACCGCUCCCAACGAGCGGAGACGUAUCCCUCGAUCCGAAAGGGAAAGCCACAUUGCGACCCCAACAAGAACGAGGCCACCACACGGUUGGCCAACACCCUCGAGGGUGAUGGCUGUGGUCGACCCUACGACAUGGUCAAAGACGACGUGCUGCUCGCUUGGCAGCAGAGUCCUCACAAGGACACGUUGGGCUUCUACGGCGUAGGAUCGCCCACCCACCAGCCCGAGUCGGUGAUGUUCAACCAGGUGGUGGCCGCGUGCUUGGUCAAGGUCAACGGUGGUGGCACUCAGCGGAGGAUCCCUAAACAGGAUAAAAGGCCAUACCCAAGGGAUACGCUAGCGGAAAAGAACCGUACCCCCCAGAUUUGCAAGCCUUUUGUUUUAAACCGCCAGGCAUUGCAGUCUGAUCUACAGCAGAUUCCCCACGUUCAACAGCAACUGGACCCGCGACAGGCUUUCGGGACACUAUACUGCACUGAUCCUCCUCGAAUUCCCCACGAUUCCACUAGAGUGCCACGCCAGCUGUACACCGGCAUUUCCAGACAUCAAGUUUCCGACAUUGAGCCCGCGAGAAAAAAAGACCCACGUGGUCUACGCCGUCGUCGCUGGUACUGCCCCCCGGAUGGCUUAGAGCCUCACCAUGGGUGCACCCAGUACGAGUGGGCCAAGCGCAAGUUGGACCCUAAUCCCAAAAACAAUGAGUUCUGGCCUGCUCCACAAGGGAAAAAGGAACACAAGAGUCCGGAACCACUGAACUACGAUCAGCUGUACAGUAGAAUUAUUAAGUGCUUUGAGCCAAAGCCUUCUCCAGAUCCGCUUUGCGAGCCCUAUGAGAAGUGCUGUAAGCCGAAAAGGUCCCAUGGAAAGGAUAAUCAAGGAGGAGGUGACAGUCAAAUACCCAAGGUCCCCAGUAAACACCCAAAGCGUUUGGGCGGUCCAGGUGAUCCAACUGGGCAAGGAAAUCGCGAACCAGUGCUAGAUGAUGGAAACGGAGACAAAGGGGACAAAGAAGAUGGCAAGGAUAAAAAUCAAGUCGGUGAUAAAGAUAACCCAAGAGUUUCAAUUAAGGAAAACGAUAAUGAUGGUGAUCAGAAGAAGAUCGUUAAAUUUGAUAAAGAAGAAAAUAAAUAUAAUAAAAAAGAACAAGAAAAAAGGGAAAAGGCGAAAGAAAAAAUAAAAGACAAGGAUAAAGAAGCAGAAAAGAAGAAAGAAAAGGUAAAGAAAAAAAAAGAAAAGAACAAGGAAAAAGAAAAAGCAAGGGAAACUGAAAAAGAGAAUGAAAAAGAAAAUUAUAAAGGUAAGGAAAGACCAAGAGAAAAAGAAGAAGAGCAAACAAAAGAAAGAGAAAUAGAAGAAGAAGAAGAAAAGGAAACAGAAAAUAAAAAGGAAAAAGAAAAUGAAAAUGAACAGGAAAAAGAAAAUUUUAAAGGAAAAGAAGGGGAAAGACCACAUGAGAAGGAUAAACCAAUAGAACGAGAACAAGAAAGGGAAGAAAAGGGAAAGAAACAAGAAAAAGAAGGGGAAAUUGAAAAAGAAAAAGAAAGAGACAGUGAAAAAGGAAAGGGGAAAGAAAAAGAAGUUAAGAAAGUACAAGAAACUGGAAAACAAAAGGAAGUAGCAAUAGACAAAGGAAAGGAUAAAUUUCCAGAAAAGGGCAAGGAAAAAAAACAACAGAAACACAAAGAAAAAUAUAAAGAUGAAGACAAAAGCAUGGAUAUAGAAUAUGAUAAAUAUGAGAACGAUACUAAAAUUAAGAAAAAUAAAAAAAACAAAAAUAAAUCAAACGAAGAGAGUAAAACCGAAGUAGAUACACCGAACAGAAACCUGCCAGAAGUCCCCUCGCGAUUCUUCGAUAUUCCCGUGGAUGUGGAGUUCGAUAAAAAUAUCACAAGAGGAACUAAGGUGGAAGAUUACGAAUUUCCAGCUAUAGAAAUUGUCAGGGACGAGCCAGCGGCUCCGAGUUGUAAGCUAAGGGAUCCGCCCAAGGGAAAGAAAAGGAAGCGUAUUAAGAAAGUUUGCAAGGAUAAGCCCAAGAAAACCUGUCCACCUUGUCCACCGGCAGGUUGCCAGUGCGAGAUCUGUCGCUUCAUGGAUCGCCCUUUCAACGAACAGGAGGCUCCCUUCAUGCGAGAAAUGAGGCGGGUGGAGCAGAAGCGCCAGUUGCGUGCCUAUUACCGCCAGAUGCGCCAUCAGGAAUACAUCCGGGAUCGAUGUAAGACCGAGUACCGGCCGCCCAGGCACCAAUGCGAUCCAAUCUGCUGCUCCAACUUCUUGUGCCGAAAUCCCCGACUCGCCGAGCACUGCGAUUGCCUGGAAGCCGUCCAGGAGCUGCAGAAUCUUCUAUCCGGCGCCAAGGACAACGAGGAUCACAGCAGACUGCUCCUGUGCGUCGAGAAUCUCCGGAAACGCGUCUGCCAGCGAAUGUGCGAUUGCAUUCUGGCCUGAACUGGUUCGGAGGCCAUUCGAUUUAUUGUCCUCUUUAGUUACUAUCUCUUCUUAGUGAACGUAAAUUCUUUGUGUUAUGUACAUAUGUUUCGAAUAAGCUUGGCUCCUUGGAGUACCUGUUUUAUAUUA